UUAUGCUAUAUAUCGGAGUGACGACUGGAAACUUGUGGCUUCCCGUAGAUUUAAUAUUUUAUGAAUCGUGGGCUGACCCUGGCUGCGAUAGGAUCUCGAUAAGCUCGAGAUUGGCUUGAGUGAAAGUGAUAAUAUCGAUGCCAAGAAUUUCUCACUCAUGUGAUGAGCAGCGCAUGUGAGGAUUCGUGUCCUUGGACGAACUAUUUGUCGGAGGCGAUCAAUAAAUGCGUGCUCAACCUAUUAUCGUUGCUGUCGACGACAUUCGGUCUAACCUUUAAUUUCAGCGACAUCGUCAUCUUCGAUGACGAGACGUCGUUGAAAUUCCGCGAAUUCUUUCACGAACUGAUAGCAUUGCUGUCAUUCGACGAUUUCCAGCUGCAGCUGCUCAAAGUCUUCCUGUUGACCUUCGUAAGCAGCGUGGCGUUGAUCUUCGUUGCCUGGCACAUUUAUGGUUCCAGAAUUACGGAGCAAUUCAUGAAAACAGGCGCUGCUGAAGAUUGUAAUUCGUCAACUGAGUAAUAUAUUGAACGUUCGAUUGAAAUACUAAUCAACGACCUUUACCCAACAAAUAUGGCUGAUAAAAUCAAAUCUUUUUUCACAAAGAAGAAAACAAACGCAAAGUUCAUGAAAGCAGGAAAGGGAUACAAAUUGACAGAGACCACCAGUACCAUAUGUACUUCAACAGAGCCUAAAGAACCACUUAGGAGAGCAGAACCUACGGAAGAAGCUAAAACAGCAGGUCAAGCUGCCUUAGCAAGAUUAGAAGCAAAGAAAAAUGAUAAACCAAGAUUUAAUACAUCAUAUGCUGCCAUUCAAGCACGUGUCAAGCGUGAACUGGAAUUGGAAAGAAAAGCGCAGCAGGAUUUACAACAGACGGAAAAUGCAACAUUGAAAGAGAAAAAAGAUAAAAUUGUAGAUCCGUCUAUUUUUGCAGUUACUGAUGUGUUUUUCCGUUGCCCGUAUUUAUCUGAUGAAAUAUUGUUACGAGACGAGUGGAAAAAGAAAAUAAGAGAAUUUCUAUAUGAGCAGUUAAUGGGAGAGGAAGCGGGAUUAACAGCGUGUCUUAUUAUUCAAAGUUGCAAUUCCGGAAAAGAGAAGAUCGAGAGCUGUGUAGAAACACUUGGCAAAUAUUUGGAUAAUAUUAUUAACAAUCCCGACGUGGAGAAAUAUUGGAAAAUCAGAAUGUGUAACAGAAUAUUCCAAGAAAAAGUUAUGCCUGUUGAAGGAGCAUUAGAUUUCUUAAAAGCAGCUGGUUUUGAACAGAAAAAAUUAUUGCAUAACGAGAAUGAAGAAGACUUUUUAGUAUGGAGCCCUGAUAAUUGUAAUAUUGAGACUCUUACAAUGUUAGAUGAAGCAUUAAAGUCUGCUGAACCCAUUCCUAUUGAAUUGGAUAGGAAUUUACAAGUAUUAAUGCCUAGCCAAGCUCGUGUGAGAAAUGAAUUGCCACCUAGCUUCUUCUCGAUAUCAGCAGAAGAAAUAAAAAAAGAACAACAGUUGCGAACGGAAGCCGUAGAAAGAAAUCAAAUGCUACGAACAAAGGCUAUGAGGGAGAAGGAUGAACAGCGUGUUCUUAGAAGAUAUAAAUUUGCUGUACUCCGUAUUAAAUUUCCAGAUGGAAUAAUAUUACAAGGUACUUUCUCGGUACACGAGAAGUUCCAGAAUGUAAUUGAAUUUGUUGCUGAAAAUUUAAUUGACGAUAAAGUGCCCUUUUUAUUGGUAACGCCGGACGGAAUUAAGCUAGUAGAAGAAUGUCAUGAAAAAUCACUUUUAGAAUUACGAUUAAUACCUACAGCUAUAUUGGAAUUCUCAUGGAAUGUAACUGACAAACAAAGUAUGCCUAAGAGAUAUUUGAAAGAAGAAGUACUUACUUAUAUACAAUCAGUUUGAAAGUAAUAUAUUUUGGUACAGAUAACAAUUUAAAACAUCUUAUUUUUUAAAUAUUUUCUUGAUAUCUUUAAUCAUUAUCAUGAUGUUCUGGUCAUUCCAGUUUUUUGAAGAAUUUUUUCUAAUGUAUUGCGUCUCUUUCUAAUAUAUUAUUAUUUAUGUGAAAACCUCAAUUGUAAAAAAGUGAUAAAUUUAUGCUGAUUAGGAAUUUAAUAUGAAUAAAUUUAUUAUUUUAUUAAAGUAUA